AUGGACGCUGCUCCGGUGUUUUGUACCAUUUUUUAAAUAUGCCAGACAGAGGACACCUUUGCUCAUUUGCAGCAGACAAACCUACGGGCGACGAUGGAAACCGGUAGAGCAGGGCUUUGGUGUAGUAGCACCUCCACUGCGUCGCGUGAGCGUCGUGUAAGUUUGUAGAAAGGGGCGGUACCGAUGUGCUACGCCGCAAACGAGAGCGACCGGAGAACCGGAGGAUGGAGGAGCAGACGGAGCGCAGCUGCACGCGGAAGGCGAUAUGAUGUUUUAGGAGCGGUGCGGGCUCGGUGAAGCUGAACUUGUCGUUUUGGCCACUUUUGGUCAUCAAAUAGAAAGAUGGCGCCGUCGGGCUCGCGUAGCGUUGACUGCUGGACAGUUUUAUACUGGAUCCCGGUGCUGUUCAUCAGCGCGAUCGUGGCAUGGUCCUACUACGCUUAUGUAGUGCAGCUCUGCAUAGAAACCAUCGAAAACAUGGGAGAGAAAAUAGUUUACCUCCUGGUAUAUCAUGUGCUUUUCAUCAUGUUCUCGUGGUCAUACUGGCAAACCAUCUUCACUAAACCUAUGAACCCGCUCAAAGAGUUCCACCUGUCACAUUCUGACAAAGAGCUAUUAGAGCGUGAAGAUCGGAGAGAAUCUCAACAGGAGAUCUUGAGGAGAAUUGCUAAGGACUUGCCCAUUUACACACGCACUAUGUCUGGAGCUAUCCGCUACUGUGAUCGCUGUCUGCUGCUGAAGCCUGAUCGAUGUCAUCAUUGCUCUGCCUGUGAUAUGUGCAUUUUAAAGAUGGAUCACCAUUGUCCGUGGGUGAACAAUUGCGUGGGCUUCGCCAACUACAAGUUUUUCAUGCUCUUCCUAGCAUAUUCUUUGCUGUAUUGCCUCUUCGUCACUGCCACAGACUUGCAGUAUUUCAUUCAGUUCUGGACGAACGGUCUGCCCGACACCCAAGCCAAGUUUCACAUCAUGUUCCUGUUUUUCGCUGCCUCCACGUUCUCAGUGAGCCUAGCGUUUUUGUUUGCUUAUCACUGCUGGCUUGUCUGCAAGAACAGAUCCACCUUGGAGGCUUUCAGGGCACCUGCAUUCCAGCACGGACCAGACAAGAACGGCUUCAGUUUAGGAAUAACCAAAAACUUUCGCCAAGUGUUCGGAGAUGAAAAGAAAUACUGGCUGUUGCCUGUUUUUUCAAGUCUGGGCGACGGCUGUUCAUUCCCCACAUGUCUAGUGAACGUAGACCCCGAACAACCCUCCUCACCCUCUGGACGCAACCCUUCAAUCAAAAGUGUUGGAGAUUCCCAUCAGUUUCCACCUAAACCUCUGAGAGAGUCUCAGAGCCGACUGCUGAAUAACGGACAGUCAGAGGGAAGUGAAGACAGAGACAAAAGAGGUACAAGCAACCCAGCCUUGACUAUCGAGAAGGAAACUUAGGAGCUUGUUAAUGAAACAGGGGUUUUGUGCUCGUGAUGUCUGUUGUCAGUGGAAGAGAAAGGACGUCUCCACUGCUCUUGCACAGACAUGCACUGCCCAUCUACUCUCUACCUAAUGAGUUACAAUCAUUCACAAGAGCUGACAGUGCAGGAGUAUGCUGUGUACUGUACAUACAUGAAGGGCCAGCCUCUCGUCCUUCUCGCAAACCGUAUGGCUAUCUCAACGUGCCUAAAGAUGCCCACAGAUGUGGCUGAACAUUUGGUAACAUUACCGUGGUUCCUGCAAGACCCACAUUUUCAAACGCGUAGAAGUUUGUACGGUAAAUGCCUUGAAUAUAGCUUGCGCGGCGUAGGCAGUGCUGAAGAAGGUGGCGUUUUUUUGUUAGUCUGGAAAAUGUGAAGUAUUUAUGCAUGCUGUGUGAUGGUGGUAUGUAGUCGUUUGUCAUGUUUGAAAUGUGAACAACGAAAAGCCCAAGUGCUUUUGCACUAGACUUCGACAAAUUUGACCGUUUUUUGAUCUUGCAUCGUUGAAAUGCAGCAGCAUCUCUUAUUUUAUUCAUUACCACACAGAUGCGCAUCAUGACUAUAAUCUGUUUUAUUUGACAAAGUGUCAGCGAGGAUCUUGUCCAUAACAUUUAAGUCUGGAUCCCAGCCGUCAUGAAUUUUGCAAAGGGUCAUACACAGGCAAAAUGACUGAUGUAGCAAAUUUUUUUGGCCAUUUUUAGCGCUGGAUAUUCAGACAAAAACACUGUUUAUUCACUUUUUUACCUGACAAGCACAGGGAAGACAAAAAUACUCUAUAUGCACUUUGAACAGCGCUUAAAGCUGCAAAUUAUUUCAGUUUUUAAAUCGUUUUUGUCCUGAUGUUUUCUUGAUGGUUCUGUCUAAUCAAGUAUGCAAAGUAUAUAAUGCAUUGUGUUAACUCCGUGCACAUUCUUGCACUGCAACCGCAGAGAAUAUUUCUUUAAUAAAGGUCCGUAUAUUUGAUUAUUUGAAACAUACUUUCCAUUACCCUGUUUGCACAAUUAAUGCAAAACUUUAAUAAAGAUGUGCUUUUGUAUCACAUCUGAUUUAUCCAAGGGCUCUGAUAACGUACUUACUACCAUAUUUCCGAUCUCAGUUUGAUUCAGCAGUUAUUGCAUGUAAACGUAAACGUACUUGUACUUGAUUUUGACUGAGGCGUGAACAAAACCUCAGAAAUGCCAAGACUUGUGGUGUGUAGUCCGUUUUGUAGUUUUUAUGGAAAAUGUCCGUUUAUUUUGUGAUUAGGUUCACACACCACAUAAAAAGAAACUGUGAUACAAGAUUUCUACUGGUUCUUGCUUUUGUGUACGUAGACCAGCUGAUUGUUGUUGCUGCUUUUGUUCUUUUUGAGAGUAUGUAAAGUUCUGCUGGCUAUCUGUGUGUUGGUAGCUUGAUGUGUUCUCAUAUAAAGUCAGACUGUGUAUGAUAAUGCCAUUGAAUGAUAUGCCUUGAGUGUUACUGUAAGAGAAAUAAAGUGAUAUUUUAUUAAGUGCUA